UCGCAUCUUGUGAUUUACCCUUGGGGUUUUAAAGUUAAGCGACGUGUCGUGUUUCUGUUUUAUACAAAGAAUAAACCACUUUAAGUCUUCGAACAGCCCGGAAGGAAAUCUAUGCGGUCUUUAUAUUGUAUAAAACCAAGUCCUUUGACCAACACCUUUUAAGCGUUUGUUUUUGUGGCCACAUUGAAAGGAGUGAAAUUAAGAUUUGUCGGCGUUUGAAUGAUACACUGUGAAUUAAGCUGCCUCCUGCGCUGCAAGUCUGCACAGCCCGGAGGAAUUUGCAAAGCAAUAUGUCUACACGUGCUGAAACAAAAGCAGUUCUUCGCAGUGCUGAUGCUGUGUGCUUUGAUGUGGACAGCACAGUGAUAAAAGAAGAAGGAAUUGAUGAACUAGCGAAGUUCUGUGGAGUCGGUGAUGAUGUUGCCGAAAUGACUCGAAAUGCAAUGGGAGGGGCAGUCCCAUUUAAGAAGGCUUUAACAGAACGUCUAGCUUUAAUACGACCUUCACGAGAACAAGUGAACAAAUUAAUAACUGACCAUCCUCCUUAUUUGACAGAGGACAUCAAGGAUCUGAUUGAUCGUCUUCAAAAGCGUGGUGUGCAAGUCUUCCUGAUAUCGGGUGGAUUCAAGAGCAUAGUAGAACAUGUAGCAGCAAGAAUAAAUGUUCCCUUAUCCAAUGUUUAUGCAAACAAGCUGAAGUUUUACUUCAAUGGUGAUUAUGCUGGUUUCGAUGAAACCCAACCAACAGCAGAAUCUGGUGGGAAAGGCCGGAUCAUAAGUCUUCUAAAAGAAGAAAGAGGCUUUGAGAAGGUUGUUAUGAUUGGAGAUGGAGCCACGGAUUUGGAGGCAUGCCCUCCUGCAGAUGCAUUUAUCGGAUUUGGUGGGAAUAUUGUCCGUCAGCAAGUAAAAGAGAAAGCCAAGUGGUUUGUCACAAGCUUUAAAGAAAUUAUUGAAGAACUGGAAAAUUAGCCUCUGGCUUCUACGCAGUCUCCAGCUGGAAAGAAGGUAUGGCUGGGUUCAAGGUUACCAUGAGCUCAAUUGCCAGUGUCACAAGAUGGGUCUCAGAUUGUGUGUUCUCUACUGAUUGUAGGAAGACUUCAACUUAAUGCCUGGCAGUGCAACUAUAGAAGUUUCUCGUAUGGCUAAAAAAAAUUGAGGCCUGCUCAGUGUUGAAACGAAAACUCACGGUUGUUAUGAUGUCAAGGAAACCUUGCUUUUUUAUGUAUUGCACUUUUGGAUUCCCCUCCUUUCCAUAUUGCACAUCCAACUUGAGCAGGUAGGCAGGUCCCCAGGCUAUAUUCAAUGUUACCUUAGGAGAAACAUAAGAAAAAGCUUUGACUGCCCUCCUCAUGUCCUUUCUGAUCAUUCUUGGGAACCCAGUAAGCUUGGUCUCUCUUUUUCAUCCUCCCUCCCCUUUUACCUAAGCUGUGCUGAAACAAGAGCCCACCCUGUGAGGGUCUUCCUUAUUGAUUUAUGUACUGUAAAAUAUAUAAGAAUGAUGUUUUAUCUGAAAUAUUUAAGUAUAUUGAAACAUAACAUUGCUAAGUUGAGUAUUGAUAACUGCUUUUUAUUAAUUUAAUUGAAAUUUUGCCUGAGACUUAUUAUGGAGCACUAUCCUUUUGCCCUGGGGGCCUUUGCUUGAAUGAAUCCAAGAAAAUUGGGUCAAGACAAAUUAUUACAAGAAUUGUAAUUGUUAAUAAAAAAAUUCAUAAUGGAUAAUCAGUUGGCAUGAACUUAAGCAGAAUUGUCCCUUUAUUGGCAUAGAAAAAAUAAAUUUAAUAAUUAAUUUA